UAAUUUAUGAUUUUAAUGGGACUAUAUAUUUACAUGAAAGUUUUAAAAAUAUUAUUAUCUUAAUAUUUUAUCGAUUUGUAUCAUAUUUUACACUUGUUCAAAUUAGGACCGAAAAAAUUUAUUAAUUUAUAAAAAUUAUUAAUUUAUCGAGUAUUAAUUUUCUACUGUAUAUCGUUGACACUAACCGAUAUUUCCACAUCACAUGAACAAACAAAAACUCGAUAAAAAAUGGCGGGUGCUCACAUUCUCUUCUUCGUGUUCAUCACAAGCUGCAUUGCCGUGACCGCAACCGUCUUCGUUUUGGAGAACAGCUGCCCUUACACCGUCUGGCCUGGAAUCCUUUCCGGCAACAGCACCACCACACUCGGCGACGGCGGGGUUCCCCUGACCCCAGGCGCUUCCGUACAGCUCACUGCUCCUCCGGGAUGGUCAGGCCGUUUCUGGGCGCGCACCGGCUGCAGCUUCGAUCCCUCCAGUCGCGGCAGCUGCGUCACCGGAGACUGCGGCGGCAUUUUAAACUGUAACCGCGGCCGAUUUCCUCCGGCCAUUCUAGCCGAGUUCACCGUCGGAUCAGGCAAUUCAGACACUGAUAUCUACGGCGUCAGCCUCGUCGACGGUUACAACGUCAAGAUGGGGAUCGAGCCAUUGGGAGGAACUGGAGAUUGCCACUACGCAGGCUGCCUCGCCGACGUCAACGAGAUUUGCCCCGGCGAUCUUCGGAUCAUGGAUCCGAACGUCGAUGGAGUCGUUGCGGCAUGCAUGAGCGCGUGCGCGGCGUUUGAUUUGCCGGAGUUUUGCUGCACCGGUGCUCACGCGACGCUGCAGACUUGUGAUCCGAGUCGGUACUCGAUGGUGUUCAAGAACGCUUGUCCUAGCGCUUACAGCUACGCUUAUGGUGACGCGACAAGCAUUUUCACUUGUUCCCGAUCUAACUACUUGAUUACUUUCUGCCCCACCCGCUCUUAAAAACCUGAGCUCCGGUCUAAAUUCGGGUCGGGUUUCUCCCUCAUGUUUCUUUUGCUUGUGAUGUACGGAACGAUGAAUAAUAUCAUUUUCGGUUUUUAAAGAUCUUUUCAAGUAUUCUGUUUUUAAACACUCCUUGCAUUGUUGCAUUGCAUACAAAGAAAUAAUUUAAAAAAAUUUACGGAGAAAAGAUUCUUGUGCUGUCAUUUUUCAUUGUUAGUUCUUUAUAACUUAUCAAUCGUAUUACAUGUUGCUAUCUUGAUUAACUCACAUAUUCAAUUAACUUAAUUGCAUUUUGGUUGCGUCUAUCUCUUUGUGUCCUUUGAAUCCCACUGUUAACAUCCCUUUGUGUAAACGAGAAUCUCUUGCGUUUAUUGAGUUAAAAACAACAACAUUUCAGUGAUUUCACUAGCAUUUAUGUUGUCAAAAGUAAGAAGCAUACUCAUUUUUGUCCCAAAAAUAUGAUGCUAUCUUCUUUAAUUAACUGCUCCAUUAGAUCAACUUUCCAGGAAGAGCAUAUAUAUAGCAUCUCCCGUUUUAUUUACAUGACCCUGCUUGGUCACAUGUCAUCUUAUCUUCUUAUCUAGUUGUCUGAGUAGGUGCAAGUGAGAUCAGGUUAGUUUCUUUAGAACCAACUUUGAACCUUCUAUACCUUUUUUUGUUGGGAAAGAGUCGAAGAAACUCAAAACCAACCCAUGUAAUAUAUACAUUUUGCUUGUCAUAAUUCAUCAAACCCACUUAACUAACCUACAAACCGUUCUUGUUUCAUAAACCUUUUUUUUUUGCUUAAAUUCUUGUUCAUAAAACUUCUACAGCUAUCAAUGCUUGAUAGAGAGAGAGAGCUACAGCCAUGACCGCUAAAAAUGCUUAAGAUCGUGUAGACAAUGUGAUCUUGAGUGAAUAAAAAGGAAUUUUCGUUAUUUAAUAUUGACCCAUUAACAUAUGUAUACCCACUAACUCAAGGAAACCUAAUCGUCACGAUUUUAAACCAACUCUUUUCUCCUACACAAGUCAAGUCUUCUCAACAUAUUGAAUCUAAAAUAAAUAUCUCGUCUCCAACUUUGCUACUUCUGAGCCUAUUCAUGAAUUCAAGAAUUUUGUACAUGUUAGUUGUUUGCUCUUUCCCAACAAAACAGAUGAUAUGUUUUUAUGUUUUAAUGAUCGGAUCUCAUGGCAUGUUUCCUAGAAACUAUCGGAAAAAUACUGUAAAUAAAUAAAUUAACUAAUAAAAAGAAUAAUGAAAACGUUAAAAAUAAAAAUCGAACAACAGGAAAGAUGGGAUCAUGGAAAGACAGUUUCUACUUCCGCGGGAUGUUGUGGGCAUGCUGUUUCACCAUUACUGUCCACUUGAUAUUCAUUUAUUUUGUUGGAUCA